AUGUCGUUCAAUGCACUCCUACACACCCUCCUUCGACGCGUGGCAGACAGCGCAAAUGGCACCGACAAUGCGACCACUCCAUACCAUGCCAACAUAUCCAAGUUGCGCGAGCGCCUAAUCGACGUCUUUCUCCGAACGUUCGACCUGGGAUUUACAGCAUUUGGUGGUCCACCUGUGCACUUCCAGAUUUUUCAUCGCAGAUUCGUAGAUGGAUUCGGGAAGACUCCAUGGAUUGACGAGCAAACGUACCAGGAACUAUUCGCCAUCUCACAGGCGCUUCCGGGCCCCGCGUCGACUAAGAUGCUGUUUAACAUUGCCCAGAUUCACGCAGGACUCAUUCCCGCGAUGCUAGUUUUCUUGCUCUGGUCCCUCCCCGGCGCGAUCGCGAUGUACGGCCUAUCGCUCGGGGUUCAAAAAAUGAGUGAAACGCUCCCUGCUCCAGCAUACGCACUCCUCUCGGGGCUGAACGCCGCGACAGUCGGAAUUAUCGCGCUGGCUGCUGUGCAGCUUGCGCGGAAAGCCAUUACAGAUCCGCUGACGCGGGUCCUCGUCCUGUUCGGAGGGAGUGCGGGGUUGUGUUAUAACGCGCUGUGGUAUUUUCCUAUGCUGCUUAUUGCAGGAGGAGCGGUGACGGUAUGGUGGGAUCUGUAUGGGCAGCCAUGGAUUAGAAGGCUCAGAAAUAGAAGAAGUAGGCGGAGAUCUUCAGCGCCUCCGGAACCCGAGAACGGACGUCAGAAUGAAAUUCCAAUGCAAGAGAUCAAGGAGGAAGUGCGAAGGGUCGAGACAAGUGGCCCACAGCGGCGUCAAGCAGCAUCGGUUGUCGGCGCAGUCCCUCACACGGAGGAAGAUGUCAGUGCACCUACGGUCCAACCAUCCCAUUUCGACAUUUCAGCACAUCGAAUCCCGGUCAAGAUUGGCCUCAUUAUUAUCCUCGUAUUUUUUGCGACAUUCACCGCCUUCAUGGUUACGCGAGGCAUCAUUGAUUCCGCACCUUUGCUCCUCGCGCUGUUCAACAAUAUGUUCCUCGCAGGAACAGUCAUUUUCGGCGGAGGCCCAGUCGUUAUACCUCUCCUCCGAGACUAUGUGGUCGAUCCAGGAUGGGUACUUCCCCGCGACUUUCUUCUUGGGCUUGCCGUUAUCCAGGCAUUGCCUGGACCGAACUUCAACUUCGCCAUCUAUCUGGGAGCACUCGCCGUCACCGGCCCUGCGUCUUCGAAGUCUAUUCCAACAAUAGUUGGAGCCCUGCUUGCAUUCCUCGGGAUCUUCACUCCCGGAUUGUGGCUUUCAGUGGGCUUUCAGAGCAUCUGGCAGUCCCUAAGAAAGCGCAGAGAAGUGGCGAGCAUUCUGCGAGGCGUCAACGCCGCUGCCGUCGGUUUCGUGUUCACUGCUGUUUACCGACUUUGGGAAAUCGGAUACCUUACACCCGAAGAAAGCAGAGGAAGCAGUCUAGCGAAGGAACCGUGGUGGCUUGUUGUUGCUGCAACAACAUUUACCGUAGUUGAAUGGUUCUCCACCCCACCGCCUCUGGCUAUCCUAGCAGGAGGCGUAGCUGGAAUCGGGUGGUGGGGCGCCAUUGGGCGUCGCACAGUUGCUUGA